GUUAUCAGUUGUACAGUAUAGUUUACCCUCUUACGAAUGACAGACCAUGAUUAAUGGUGUAUGUUAUCGUUUAUCAGUAGCAACAAGUUUAAAUUAAUUUGUGGUGGGAUAGUUAACUUCAGUGUGUAAGAACUCGACUUAGGACUGAAAUAAUUAUGUGCAACAACGAAAAUUCAACGAAUUAUCCUUCUCAAUCGAAAUUACCGAUAAGAUUUACUUUUGAUGCCAAUUUUCCAAGAGCACUCUUUCCGAUAGAUCAUUACAAGCUACAAUUGUACCAAUACGCAGUCGCUGAACGUUUACGAUAUCCAUUACUAAAUCCGUUCCCAUCAGCAUUGACUUGUUAUCCUUUGUUGCCCAGAUCGCUGCAACCUGAAGAACCGAAACCACAACACAGUUACAUCGGACUAAUCGCCAUGGCCAUUUUGAGUUCCCCAGAUUCCAAAUUGGUGUUAUCGGAUAUCUAUCAGCAUAUUUUAGAUAACUACCCUUAUUUUCGGACAAGAGGUCCAGGUUGGAGGAACUCAAUCAGACACAAUCUUUCGCUGAACGACUGCUUUAUCAAAGCUGGAAGAAGUGCUAAUGGAAAAGGACAUUACUGGGCCAUUCAUCCUGCAAAUGUAGAAGACUUUCGAAAAGGAGAUUUCAGAAGGCGCAAAGCCCAACGGAAAGUUAGAAAACACAUGGGUUUAGCUGUGGACGAAGACGGAGCGGACUCUCCAAGUCCUCCGCCUCUUUUGGAGAGCCCUUCAGUUGUGCCGGGUCCUUCUACUUCAGUUUAUCCUAUUGUUUCUACUAGAAACUCUACAAGGAAAAGACAGUUCGAUGUGGAAUCACUUCUAGCUCCAGAUUCCGGAGAAGAAACUAACGAAGAGGACAUUGAUGUUGUUACCAGUGAUAAUCAAGAAAAAUCUGAAGAAAAACAACAGUGGCCGAUGUUCCCCAUAGUUGACUAUUACCAAGCUCUUCUAAAUACGACAUCUAUAAGACCAGUUCUUCCUGAAAGUAAUGUAAAUAGUUUAAAAUAAUGCGUAUCUUAAGUAUCUACUAUAAACCAAAAACUCACAAACUGAAAAACUCUUACAUUGUUUAGGUGUACAUCAGAUAUUUAUUCUAUAUUCCUUUAUUUGUCAAUGUAAUUUAUUUGGGAUAUUUAUUAAAAGUGUUUUCGAUCAUUUGACCAAGUGCAAAUUGCAAGGAAUGAAACAAAGAAGUUAUUAUUUCACCAUUAAAAGCAACAAUGAAAUCCUAUCCCUUAUGCAACUGGAUGCGGAAGUUAAAAGUAAGUUUUAUUAAUUUCACUUAAAACUAUUUUUUACUUAAACAUCUAAUUCAAUAAAUAAUAGCUCCAUUAGUAGGCACACAGUUUACCCCCAUAAGAAAAUCAUAAACCGACUAUAAAUUUUUUCCUGCAUUACUACUGCACCAAACCUUUUUUUACUUCAUUCUAUAUAUUUUUCAAAUUUGAAAUAUAUAUUUUUUUAAUUUUUCCAAGUGGUCCGUUAUUGUAACAAAUAACUUAUAACGAAAAACAAUUUCCCGAGUCGAUUUUGAUCAAUUUUUUAGGCGUCUAUCAUCGAAAUAAAUACUUUUUGGUAAUUUUUGGAAAAAUGCUCCCUUUUCGAGUUAUUUGCAAUUUUUUGUUGAAAAAAUGCGUCAAAUAGUGAUUUUUAGAUUUUUUUCUAAAAAACUACUAAAUGAAUUACAAUUCUAUAAAAUGCAAAAAUGAAUAACCAUUUUCGAUUUCAAAACUUAGUCUUCUUUCUAUAAAAUGCUUUAUAAUCUUUAACCUUUCUAUCUCACUGAAAACAUGAACCCAAAUAAGUAGGUAUUUCGAAUAAAUAUGCCGGUGUACAUUGCACUGUAAGUGUGUAGAAAAACUAUGUUUUUAGCAAGAUAGAAGCCACUUAUCCCUGUCAAAAUAUUCUUACUUAUACUUGAAGGUUUAAAGAAUCUUUUUAUAAAAUUGAAAUUCAGUUAGUAACUUUUGAAAAAAAAAAAUCCAUAAAAUCACUAACAAUUAAGAUAUUUUUCAAACAAAUUGCAAAUAACUAAAAAAUUUUUCGAAUAAUUACCAAGAGAGAAAAAGUAUCUAUUGUCUAAGUAUAAAAAAUCUUUAUUCGAAGCAAUUCGUGAAAUUGUUUUUUGUUGUACGUUAUUUGUUAAUAAUAAUUUCCGGCUCACUUGGAAAUUUAGAAAAGAAUACAUUUUAACUUUGAAAAAUUUAUAGAAUCGAAUAAAAAUGGUUUGGUGUGGUAGAAAUGAAAAAAAAAAUAGUCGUUUCUUAGCGUCUUUUUUGGGGUAGACCGCUCGCUUAUAGAUAUUAUUCCUUUCAAUUUCAUAAAUUUCGCAAAAACAUUUAUUGAAUUUUUUACCUUGUUUAUAUCUUUCGAA